AUGUCCACAGGAGGGACAGGGCAAGGCUCAGGCACGGCUCACCUCCUCCUCCUCAUCCCACCACCACCACCACCACCACCACCACCGGCCAGGGCACCGCCGGCGAUGAUGAUGAUGAUUCUUCCCAACCUCAACUAUCCGCCACCACAUCAGUACCAUUGCCAUCGCCCCACCACCACCAGCAGCAGCAAGAAGCUGCUUGAUCGUGAUGGCGACAGUAAGCGCCCGUCGUCCAUGGAGCUGGAGCUGGAGCUGGGGGUUGGAGUGGUGUGCAGCAACUGCAACACUGCUGCAGCCACUUCUACUACCCCUACGACUGCGCAUGCUCCAGCAGGUGGUGGCCCGGAGGAUGCUGACGGCGAUCUCGACCUUGAGCUCAGGCUGGGUGUCUCUUCUUCAUCCAUCCAUCACACACACGUAUACGGCCGGGUGCAUGAUAUGUAA